AUGGCACCGUCAGUGAAGUCGGCAGAGAGAGAGAGGCAGAGAAGGGCGCUGAACACUGAACAGGACCAGACCGACAGAGCAGUCCAGAAGAAACGGCAUAAGAACACAAGCCAACGGCCAACAGCUAACAGUCAAGUCACCGCUCAGAAGGCCAGCACACUGGGACGAGCUCCAGUCACACUGGGUACGCCUGAAACUGCCCAUAGCAUCUCUCACAGUCUCCGCCACGCCCUUGCUAACUUGUCUGAAAUUGAGGCAAGUGAAUGCAGGGACAUUUUUGAUCAGUUGACUCUCACAAAGGAUCAGUUGACUCUCACACGGGAUCAGUUGACUCUCACACAGGAUCAGUUGACUCUCACACAGGAUCAGUUGACUCUCACGGGAUCAGUUGACUCUCACAAAGGAUCAGAACAGUUGGCUCUCUCACAGGAUAAGUUGGCUCUCUCACAGGAUCAGUUGGCUCUCUCACAGGAUCAGUUGACGCUCACACAGGAUCAGUUGACUCUCACACAGGAUCAGUUGACUCUCUCACAGGAUCAGCUGACUCUCACGGGAUCAGUUGACUCUCACACGGGAUCAGUUGACUCUCACACAGGAUCAGAACAGUUGGCUCUCUCACAGGAUAAGUUGGCUCUCUCACAGGAUCAGUUGGCUCUCUCACAGGAUCAGUUGACGCUCACACAGGAUCAGUUGACUCUCACACAGGAUCAGUUGACUCUCUCACAGGAUCAGCUGACUCUCACGGGAUCAGUUGACUCUCACACGGGAUCAGUUGACUCUCACAAAGGAUCAGAACAGUUGGCUCUCUCACAGGAUAAGUUGGUUCUCUCACAGGAUCAGUUGGCUCUCUCACAGGAUCAGUUGACGCUCACACAGGAUCAGUUGACUCUCACACAGGAUCAGUUGACUCUCUCACAGGAUCAGCUGACUCUCACGGGAUCAGUUGACUCUCACACGGGAUCAGUUGACUCUCACACAGGAUCAGAACAGUUGGCUCUCUCACAGGAUAAGUUGGCUCUCUCACAGGAUCAGUUGGCUCUCUCACAGGAUCAGUUGACGCUCACACAGGAUCAGUUGACUCUCACACAGGAUCAGUUGACUCUCUCACAGGAUCAGCUGACUCUCACGGGAUCAAUUGACUCUCACACGGGAUCAGUUGACUCUCACACAGGAUCAGAUCAGUUCACUCUCUCACGGGAUCAGUUGACUCUGUCACGGGAUCAGCUGACUCUCACACAGGAUCAGUUGACUCUCACACGGAAUCAGUUGACUCUCACACAGGAUCAGCUGACGCUAAAACGGGCUCGGUUGACUCUCACACGGGAUCAGUUGACUCUCAACCAGGAUCAGUUGACUCUCACAGGAACAGUUGACUCUCACACGGGAUCAGUUGAUUCACACAGGAUCAGUUGA